AUGGCACCCCAACUCAAUAACGUGUACAUCCUUGGGGUCGGAAUGACGAAGUUUAUGAAGCCCAAGUCGCAGAAUGACUACACCGAGAUGGGCCUGGAAGCUGGUACCAAAGCUCUGCUUGAUGCUCACAUCACCUACGACAGCGUUGACAGAGCCAUCGCUUGUUACUGCUACGGUGACAGUACUUGCGGCCAGCGUACUUUUUAUCAAUUUGGAAUGACUGAGAUCCCUAUCGCCAAUGUCAACAACAACUGUGCUACUGGCUCCACGGGAAUGGCUAUGGCCCGAGACUACAUUCAACACGGCGCUGCGGACUGUGUUAUGGUUCUCGGGUUCGAGAAGAUGGCCCCAGGCAGCUUGAAAAGCAAUUUUGCCGAUCGCAUUAACCCGCUAGACCUCGUGACCCAGAUGAUAAAGGAAGUGUACCCGGCGACUACGAAGGCACCUUUCGCCCUUCAAAUGUUUGCAAACGCAGCACGCGAAUAUAUUGAAAAACAUGGAGCGACACCUCGAGACUUCGCCGAAAUCGCCCGGGUGAAUCGAGAGCAUUCCUUGAAGAACCCUUAUUCCCAAUUCCACGACGCUUAUUCCUUGGAGGAGAUCGAAAAAUCGACUAUUGUUUUCCCUCCUCUCACCAAGCUUCAGUGCUGUCCAACUAGUGAUGGUGCAGCAUCCGCGAUUAUUGUCUCCGAGCGUUUUCUCAAUACCAGACCCCACCUGAGGUCACAGGCAAUUAAGAUUGUCAGCCAGGCCCUUGUCACUGAUAGCCCGCAGUUGUACAGUGGCUCUGCUAUUGACGUGGUUGGCUAUGGCAUGGCUCAAUCAGCAGCCCGUAAGGCCUUUGCGGAGGCCUCUUUGAGCAUAAAAGACGUCAAAGCCAUUGAGCUGCAUGAUUGCUUUUCUAGCAACGAAAUGCUAUUGAUUGAUGCACUUGGGUUAUCCGCUCCUGGAAAAGCUCACCAAUAUGUGAGAGAUGGUCAACUCACUCACGGAUCUAAAUCUGCUGUUAUAAAUCCUUCCGGUGGCCUGCUGUCCAAAGGACACCCCCUUGGUGCAACUGGAAUCGCUCAAUGUGCGGAGCUGACUUGGCAGCUUCGAGGGUGGGCAAAUAAUCGUUUGAUUCCUAUCGAGUCAGGACACAUUGCUCUACAGCAUAACUCUGGACUUGGUGGAGCAUGUGUCGUUACGCUGUUGGCCAGAGCUGAUGGGGAGCGAAACACUGCUAUCGACUCCUCUGAGAUUGGACACCUCUCUGGCCUAGGUUAUAACCCUGCGACUGAGGCUCGAGGUGUAACAUUCGAUCAGCUGGAAAGAGUUCGAUCAAAGCAAUUUACCGACUGGGCUUUGAAGAAGCCCAAAGAAGAAAACUCGAAAGCAAGUCUUUAG